AUGCUCCUCCCCAGACGAACGCUACCCCUCCUCGGCCUCGCCACCUUCGGCUUCUUUCUCUUGCUCACAUGGCGGUCCAUCACGCAGGGAGAAAGAUGGCGCAACAUCCCGCAGGCCGUGGGAAUGGGCGAGGUGGUUGAUGGAAAGUCGUCGCACCGGCAGGACUCAGCCAAAGCGAUGCCAUCAUUUACCGUCAACAUGUCCGUGCAGGAGGACCGGCCGACCAAGUACCCGUACGGUCCACGACCGCAAUUUGUGCCCGGGAAACCCAAACCCCCGGGGUCGACCUACUCGAAAAUGAUCGUCUGCCCGCGGACCCAGAGCGAGAGCACCGACUGGAUAGCGGAGGAGCUUCCGGACUGGGAGGCCGCAGUGUAUGUGGUCGACGAUCCCACGGCACCGCUGCACCCACCCAAGAACAAGGGUCAUGAGGUCAUGGUGUACCUGACCUUCAUCAUCGACAACUACGACAACCUACCCGACAUCGUCGUGUUCAUGCACUCGCACCGGUACGCCUGGCACAACGAGGAGAUUUUAGAUUUUGACGCCGCGGAGAUGCUGCGGAGGCUGAGCCCGGAGCGUGUCUACCGCGAAGGAUUUAUGAACAUGCGCUGCAUCUGGGCUCCCGGCUGCCCGGAUUGGAUGCACCCGGGCGCCCUCGAGGAGGACGUGAACAAGCAGGAGGAGACGAUGCUGGCGCGGUCGUGGGGCGAGAUCUUCCCGGAGCUGCCCAUCCCGAAGGUGCUGGCGCAGCCGUGCUGUGCGCAGUUCGCCGUGUCGCGGGACCGCAUCCUGGCCAUCCCCAAGUCGCGCUACAUCUUCUACCGGGACUGGCUGUUGCACACGGAGCUGAGCGACUACAUUUCGGGGCGGGUGUGGGAGUAUCUGUGGCAUGUGAUCUUUACAGGCCAGGACGUCUACUGUCCGAAGGAGCAUGUCUGCUUCUGCGACGGGUUCGGGCUGUGCUUCGGGGGUGAGGAGGAGUUGAGCUACUUCUUCGGGACUCGGUUCCAGCUGCGCGAUCUGGAAGAGGAGCUGAAGCAGUGGCAGGAGAAUUCGCGGAAGAUCGAGGAAGCGAAGAUGCUGGGGAAGCUGGACGAACUGUCGGACGUGACGAUCCCGGAGGUGGGCAAGGACGCCAUCCUGGUGUCGCAGAUUGAAGAGAAGUACGCGAUUCUCGGCCGGCUCAAGGCCGAAGCGAUCGAGCGCGGCAUGGACCCGCGCAAUCGAGCGAAAGAGGCGGGGCGACCCUGGAAAGAGGGAGAUGGAUUCUAG